CCUUUUGCCUCCUAUAACCUAUUUGCUAUGAGCUGUACAGUGCAGUUGGGCUAUUAACUUCCUACCAUUUAUAACCUUUGAAGGCAAAAGGAAAAUAUACAGAGUCUGCUUCCUCAGAGGAGCAGCAGUCCAUGGAUCCCCAAAGCCAGUGUCUGGAGCUUAAUGAUGGUCACCUCAUUCCUGUACCAUGAUUUAGCACCUUUGUACCUGAAGAGGUUGACUUCCACCAAGAUGAUCCAUUGACAUAAGCAAGGUGUUAAAGUCUCCUACUAUCAUUGUGUUGCUCUCAAUCCUCCUUUUAGGUCUUAAAAUAAAACAAUGCCUCCAAAGAUAAAUCCCAAUAAUUUAUAGAGGGGCUUCAGGGAAAACGGCAGAACUGGAAGUAUUCUGAAUCCACCUCUCUACCUAGACAUCAGUUGUGUUGGUGGAAUCUUUCUGAAGUACAUGUUUUGGAAGUCUGGAAUCUAUUUGAAAGCUUGUCACAUCCAGGGAAAAGCUUGGCUAGUUUCUCUCAACAAAGAGGAAAAUUGGUGUUUGUUUACCCAGAAGAGUGAGAGAUGAUGAGUCAAAUGAGACACUUUUCUUUAAAGAUGAAUGAUGGACACACCAUACCUAUGCUGGGAUUGGGCACUUCGGCUCCUUCUCAGGUUCUUAAGAGUGAGACAGAAAUGGCCAUCAAGAGAGCAAUUGACAUAGGCUACCGCCAUAUUGACUCAGCUCAUUUGUACCAAAAUGAAGAGGAAAUUGGGAGAGCCAUUCAGAUGAAAAUUGCAGAUGGCACUGUGAAGAGAGAUGACAUCUUCUACACUACGAAGGUGUGGGGCACCUUUUUCCGUCCAGAAUUGGUCCAAACUAAUCUGGAAAGGUCGCUGAAGAAACUUCAGAUGAGCUAUGUGGAUCUUUAUCUACUUCAUCACCCAGAAGCUUUGCAGGCUGGGGAGGACUUUUUCCCAAAGGACACCCAUGGAAACAUCAUUUUUGACACAGUGGAUCUCUGUACCACGUGGGAGGCCAUGGAGAAGUGCAAGAACGAGGGACUGACCAGGUCCAUCGGUGUGUCCAACUUUAACUGCAAGCAGCUGGAGAGGAUCUUGAACAAGCCAGGGCUCAAGUACAAGCCCGUCUGCAACCAGGUGGAGUGUCACCCUUACUUAAACCAGAGCAAACUCCUGGAAUUCUGCCGUUCCCACGACAUUCUCCUUGUUGCAUAUGCUACUUUGGGGUCUGAUGCAAGGAAGAAAUGGGUGAUCAAGAACAAACCAAGGCUCCUGCAGGACCCAGUACUCAAUGCCAUUGCUGAAAAGCACAGGCGAACUCCAGCCCAGGUUGCCCUGCGCUACCAGCUGCAGCGGGGGGUGGUGGCCCUGGCCAAGAGCUUCAGUGAGCAGAGGAUGAAAGAGAACUUCCAGGUUUUUGAAUUCGAGUUGACCCCAGAGGAUAUGGAAAGCCUGGACGGCCUAAACAGAAACAUGUGCUAUUUGCAAGAUCUAUUUUCUGGUCAUACAGAUGAUGCUUCUUACGGCAAUGAUUAAGAGCAGUGUCUGUGGUUGCCCAGAUUUUGGUUCAUGCUGGGGGACAUCUCAAGGGUGAGAAAGUAACCGCUUCAUUCCCUGUCACUUAGCCUGACGUCGCGAUAUGGCUAGAGUCCUUCGAUCAAGAAAUAAAAGUCUCCAAACCCAGUCUUUCUCGCCCAAAGUAAAUAAGGAUACAUUUGGAACAAUCUAACUUACUGCUGCCUUGGCUUUUUUGUUUCACUUUUGUCUUAUUUUCUCCCCCAUGUAACUGACAUCCCUGGAAGUGCCCGCCUGGGAAAAAGCUCACCAGAGUGUAUUUUCCGAACUGCCCAAGUCCAGCUUCUCACCUGUCUGUAGUUCUUGUGGUGUUUUUUCCUCUUUUAUCCUGUGACCUUACCACAUCCACACUUUUAUCACACUUUUAAAGGCAUCUACAGCUUGGAGUUCCCGCUGUGGCUCAGUGGGUUAAGAAUCCAACUAGUAUCCAUGAGGAUGCGGGUUCAAUCCCUGUCGGCAGCUGCAGCUCUGAUUCGACCCCUGGCCCUGGGAACCUCCAUAUGCUGCAGGUGCAGCCCUAAAAAGACAAAAAAAUAAAAUAAAAAUUAUGAUAAAACAGACAACAGAUACCCACUACAAGACGACUGAGAUAUUAGAAGUACCUGACCAAGAGUUUAAAGUGGCCAUCAUGGAAAUGCUUCGACAAGCCCUUAUAAACAUACUGGGGGCAAAUGAUAAAGUACAAAGUUUCAACAAAGAAAUAGACUCCUGGGAGAAGAAAGGGAAGACGUAAAGAAAAACCACAUGGAAAUUUGGGGGCUGAAAAAUGCAAUAAUAAAAAUUAAAAACCCAGUGGAUAGGCUCAACGGAUCUGAGGGAGCAGAGGAAAGAAUCAGUGUUCCGGAAGAUGAAGAAACGUGAGCGCACACGCACUGCAAGUCUGGGACAGCGUGGACUGGCUCGGCGGGUCGGAUCCGUGUCGGUACCUCGGCUGGGACACGGUGCUGCCCUCUGCAGGACGGUGACACUGCGGGAACACGGAGCGGAGCGGACUCGGGGCCUGUUUCAACCGCGUGGGAGUCGACACUUGUGUCUCGAGAAACGUGUACUCUGGAAGGAGAAGUUGGAGGUGGAGACCAGCUCCACCCGGCCCCUCCGUCUCGGAUGCCUCUCUGAGGCACGUCAAGAGUCUGGAUGGGGCUCAGCCCGCACCCCAUGUGUGGUGUCAUCAGAGAUGAAAUUCUGCCCAGAGCACAGACUGGAGGAAGAAGGAAUCAAAACAGGACGGGUUUAGUCCGGAUGGUGAAAACCAGUGGCUGAUUGUUAGAAACUCCGUGCCAGUCCUGGGCUUUGGCACCGCUUUUACCAAAUGGUAAGAUGAUUGAGAACUGGGAGGAUGAGAGGUCAAAAGACCAGGUGAAUCCUAGGGGGGAAACAAUCCUUUCUGGAAACUGCUUUUAUUUCUUUAUUUAUUUUGUCUUUUUAGGGCCACACCCUCGGCAUAUGGAGGUUCCCGGGCUAGGGGUCAAAUCAGAGUUGUAGCCACCCACCUACACCACAGCCACAGCAACACCAGAUCCGAGCUGUGUCUGCGACCUCCACCACAGCUCACGGCAAUGCCGGAUCCUUAACCCACUGAGCAAGACCAGGGAUCGAACCUGCAACCUCAUGGUUCCUAGUUGGAUUUGUUUCCGCUGCGCCACGACAGGAACUUCUGGAAACCGUUUUUAAAUUCAAAUUUCAAUCUCCCCUCACAAUUGCAAAUGAAUAACCAUAAAUACAACUUUUCUUGGAAA